AAUCGCUUUCACAACAAGGUAUAAAUACUGACUGUAUAUAAAGGUAAACUAUUCUCUGCAACGACACAGAAGAGAGAAAAACCAGAUCAACUUGUAGCUCAGAAAAAUAUCAUUGGCAACAUGGACCUUAUCACAAUCCUUUUAUCUGUCGUGGUCAUCCUCUUCUUGGCCAAUGUUUACAAAAACCAGAGGAGACCUAAACACACAAAUUUACCUCCUGGACCCAAACCUUUACCCAUCAUUGGAAAUCUGCACAUGCUUAACAUGAAACAGCCUUACAAAACAUUUAUGGAGAUGUCUAAAGAGUAUGGCACAGUAUUAACUGUUCAUUUCGGAAUGGCAAAAGUCAUCAUCUUGUGCGGCUAUGACACUGUUAAAGAUGCUCUACUCAACCAUGGUGAAGAAUUUUCCAACAGACCAAAGAUGGCGAUAUUUUCGAAAUCAACAAAAGACAAUGGUGUUAUUUUUUCUAAUGGUGAGAGCUGGAAGGCAAUGAGAAGAUUCACUAUUUCAACGCUCCGAGAUUACGGGAUGGGAAAAAAAGCUAUAGAAGACAAGAUUAGUGAAGAAGCCGAAUUUUUAGUGCAGGCAAUGAAAUCUUAUGGAGGUAAACCUUUUGAUAAUCUGACCAUUCUUAAUGCUGCAGUGGCCAAUAUAAUCAUCUCCAUACUACUUGGUCAACGAUUCAAUUAUGAUCACCCCACUAUACUGAGUCUCAUGGGUUUGAUUAAUGAAAAUAUCAAGCUAAUGGGUUCUAAAGUGGUCCGGAUGUACAAUAUUAUUCCGACUUUGUUAGACCUGUUUCCAGGACCUCACCAUAAAAUUUUCGAAAAUAUGAGACAUAUGCAAGACUUUAUAAAAGAAACGUUUACUAAACAGAAGAAAACUCUAGAUGUGAAUGACCAGAGGAAUCUUAUUGAUGCCUACCUGGUGAAGCAACAAGAGGGAAAAUCUGAAUCCUCUCAGUAUUUUCAUAACGAUAACUUAAUUGCUCUACUGAAUGAUCUUUUUGUUGCCGGAAUGGAGACAACCACCACCACUUUGAGAUGGGCAAUACUGCUAAUGAUGAAAUAUCCAGAAAUACAAAAGAAAGUUCAAAAUGAAAUUGAUAGCAUUAUCGGCACGACUCCACCUCAAGCAGAGCAUAAAAAGAAAAUGCCGUAUACUGAUGCCGUAAUUCAUGAGAUCCAAAGGUUUGGUGAUAUUGUACCAGAUGGGGCUCCACAUGAAACUAUUCAAGAUGUCACAUUUAGAGGAUAUUUCAUUCCCAAGGGCACUACUGUGUUCCCAUGCCUGUACUCUGUACUGAAAGAUGAAGCUUAUUUCAAAAAACCGUUUGAUUUUUAUCCAGAGCAUUUUCUUGAUACAGAAGGAAAUUUUAAAAAGAAUGAGGCCUUCAUUCCAUUCUCUAUAGGAAAAAGAAGUUGUGCUGGUGAAACCUUGGCCAAAAUGGAGCUUUUCCUCUUCUUUACAUCCCUAAUGCAGAACUUCACCUUCCAGGCUCCCCCCGGGGCUGAGAUAGACCUUGAACCAGCAGAGGCUGGAACCCAUGGACCGAAACCUUACAAACUUUGUGCAAUACCUCGCAGCUAAUUUUUUUUUUUUUUUUUAACAAAAAUAAUAAAAAAUAAGCUCAGUUUAGAUAAAUCUCAUCUAACAAAAAAUAACUGGAUCCACAGAAGCAUACUUCUCAAACACCUGCCUUAUUCAUGUUUGUUUUCUUUGUACUCUUUAACCAGCUGUGGACACUGGAUGUACUACACAUGCCCAAAAGCUCUUGAUCAAUGUUUACAAAACUCACAGUUGCCAACAAUUCUCUAUAGUCAAAAUGGCAGUUGGAAGACACUAUGUAAAAAAGCAGAUGAAAACGGACCAUCUGAUAAGCAUUGUUCAGAUGCUAAAUAGAUAGAUGCAAAGUAAAAUGUUUAAUUUUGUAUCUACUCUGCUUCACUCAUUGCAGACAAAACAGACGAGCCUCAGUUUAUGUAUAAUUUUAGUUGAAGCAACCUGACAAGCAAAAAAACAAACAAAAAACAAACAAACAAAAAAAAAUUGUUCAUCUGUAACCCCUUACUGACCCUUAGUUUACCCUAAUCAAGUGGACGUAAAGGCUCAUAUAAUUUAGGUUAAAAAUGUUGCUUCCCCCUCUUCAUACCCAUUGCUCUACAAUGGCAUGUCACCCAGUAGAUUCAAUUGCACUACCUCCCUCAUCCUCUGCAACAGCCAAUCGCUGACACAGAGCUGGAGUUUAGAGAUCAUGUGACUGCACCAAACCUGCU